AUUUCUGUGCAAACUUGAUAAAACAUCCUCCUGUUUUUCAAGAGGGCAGGCCGGUUAGUCUGACAUCUUUAGGCAGCUGAGUUUCUAAAGUAACUUGAAUGGUUGUUUCAUUCUUCUUUAAAAUAACCCUUCCCUUCCCCUGCCCCCUUUCUGUUUUACUUCCCCCUCUUCUGAGCCCUGAUGCCAGGGGCGGUCUGCCUUGAUUUCUGCCAGUUUCUGGCCACACUGGGUGGCUCCUACGAGCCGAGUGUCCCCACAGGGGCGUUCACGCUUUCCUCUUGGCGACAUAAAAACAUUUCAUGUUUGCAGGCAGCUGUCUUUCAGAAACCCCCAAGUCAGGAAUGGAGAUUUGAAGAAUUAAAAAGAAAAAAUCCAGGAGAAAAAAGUACCUGACUUUGAUACCAGUGACUUGACUUCUCUUAAGGAAAAAAGGGGGUGAUUAAAACCUGAAAUAAUAAUAAUUUGCAGUAAAGGAUACCUAACCCUCCUGUCAAAGUCCCUGUUAGCUGCUCUGUCUAAACUUGAUGCCCAUUUGGGUCUCUGUCUGUGGGCUUGGGAGGGGCACGGGGAAGAGUUUCUUGUCACCUCGAGAUGCCAGCAGCGAAACAUCAAUAGGAAUAUCUUCCCACCCAGCUGGCCUGCACCACCGCUCUCCAUCUCCUGACCUCCAAAGACACUUGGCAAUGUAAGAACUUUCUUUUGAUAUUCUUGUCCGGUCUCCACGUUCAGAGCAAUAGUUGACCUCAAGGCAGUUGUCCUUCGAGCAUCGCGUUUCUGGCUUCACUCUUCCUGGCGAGGUGGCAGAAGAUAUGGUGUGGACAGGCUGGAGGAGCUGCUGGCCCCACUGCUGGGUGAUGGGCUGAAGUGCGUGCUGAUAUUUGGCGUCCCGAGCUGGGCCACGAUGGCGCGGCACCGAGCUGCGUCUCAGCCGUGGGUGGAGGCCGGGGCUGCUGAGCAGAGGGCCUCGCUUCUAGGCUCAGCCUCCGCAAGGCGGGCAGGAGGGCAGUUGCUUCCCCCGCCGCUCCGCAGGACGAGCGUGGCUCUGCGGCCGAUGCCGAGGACGCGCCCGUCAUCCAGGCCGUGCAGGCGAUCUGCUCUUUGUUCCCGGGCUGCUGAUUGCGUGUGAUGUCUGCGGCCUCCUCCGGCAGGACGGCACCCUCCAGGAGGCUCGCCGAGGUGGCCCUGGCCUACGCCGAGGCAGUUGCGGGGCUGACCCUUGCGUUGUGCGGCUGAGAGGGAGGAGCCCGGCUGGAGAAGCUGCCACCGCAGUUCACGCCUCCUGGCCCCUCGCCCAGGCUGCCACAUCGUGGCCCCCUUGGAUACGAUGGACGGGCGCAUCCGUGCGAUCAAGGAGGCCUUGCUUGCGAAUGAACUGGGCAAUAAGGUGUCAGUCCUGAGCUACAGUGCCAAAUUUGCGUCCUGCUUUUUACGGCCCUUUCAGGACCGGGAUGUGCAGGAGGGGGCGGACGUGCUGAUGGUAGAGCCUGGGAUGCCCUACCUUGACCUUGUGCGGGAAGUGAAGGACAAACAUCCUAGCCACCCCCUGGCUGAACGUGUCUCCGGAGAGUCCGCCAUGCCGUGGCACGGAGCGCGGGCCGGGGCCUUUGACCCGAAGGCGGCAGUGAUGGAGGCCAUGGCCGGGUUCAGGAGAGCAGGAGCGGAUAUCAUCAUCACCUACUACGUGCCUCAGCUGCUGCAGUGGCUGAAAGAAGAGCAGGCGUGAAGGCGGUCCCCUUUCCUUGCUGCCCAGACGGAAACGCGGAACAAGUUGGAAAAGACCGGGGGGCUGAAGGCCUAGGGACACUUUUCCAGCUUUGGAAGAUUUUGCUUCAAGCUUUGCACAGCACUGCCUUAAAAGCCCCUGAUAAAUUAAAGGAAUUUGGACACUUCAAGUGAUGCUGUAACAGAAUUUCCAGGCCCCUGCUGAUAUACUUUCUUUAAAAAAAAACAAAAACAAAACAGUUCCUUUUCAAAUACUGCCAACAACGUGCUGUUCCUUGCUCUGCCAGACUUCGGCCACACUGGUUGGCUGCAGAAUGUCCGGAGACGCGUGUGGACCAAAAGGCAAAGCGCUUCCCUCAGGGAACAAUUAGCCUGAGAACUGCCCUGUAAUUGCAGAGGGCCUUGUGAGGUACCAGAAGCCCAUCCUCGGCCAAAAAGAAGAAAGCCAAAAAAACCUGUUUCUUUUAAUUCGUAAGCUCUUAAGCAGCCUGGUAUCCGCCCCGAGGGGGCUCAUUUCCUAGGAUGUAGGUGCCCGAGAUGCAGAAAUUCGUCUGGAUUUUUAAUUUGAGGUUUUGUGCAUCUCGGUUUGCUUUUCAACUCCACUUGAGCAGAACGGUCUUGUAAUGCACUUCUCUUACUGGACAGGAGUAGAAAAGGAGUUGCUCGAUCCACACGGCCUGGAGAGGAAGGAAAGAGCUGCUGCCGCCUCCCGUCCUCACCAAGCUUGUUUGUCGGCAUCCGGGACGGUUGGUUGAACUGGGCUUGGACAGGCGAAAAACGGAAGACCUCGGUGGCGUCGUACAUCCCGCUAGCCUAUAACGCGUGGCAUUUGGCUUUGGCUUAGCGUGAGGUGGGAACCAGGCCACUGUGGCUGGUUCAGCAAACCAUGGAUAAUUCCAGCUGCGUGAACCCUGCUCUGCUCUUCUGUUCACAAAGCUGCUGCUCUUGCCGCUGCUAGGCCAUGGUUCUCCCUCGGAGCGAGGCACCUCUCCCCUGGCCACGUGGGCACUGGCAGCCAAGCAUCUUCCGCCAUCCGGAAGGAAAGCUUGAUGCCGCGGUGCCUGUUUGCCCCCUCAGCAGGUGGGUUCUUCUGCUUCGCUUCGCUUUCUCCAGCCUGUCUUUUGCUGUCGUCGUUCUCCUCCUCCUCCUGCCUUUUCUGUAAUGCUGUGCGAAACCUGGUGAGCAGGAAAGAUCUAGUCUUCACUGAGGGAAAAAUAAUUCCUAUGUGCGUAGAUAGCGAUCUGCUGCUGGUGUAGGUGAAGUCGGUGCCCAGCUGCGGGCGUGCGGGGUUGCCGUUCUGGCUGCGUGCUGCUGCUGGGAAGUCGUGGGAGGGGUCUGAAGGGGGGGAGGAGAGUGGCCCCCUCGGCUGUGGUGGCCCCGUCCAUUCUGCAGCCCCAGGUCCUGGCGGAGGGCUGAGCCCGCGGCAGGCUCCAAUCUCGAGAGGUGGCUGAAAGCAGCCUGUGGGUGCCGUGGCUGGCCGGCCUGCCGUUCUUCCUCUGGACCCCAGCAAAGGGUUUCUGUGAGGGGAUCCGCUCCCUCCCUGUUGCAUGGCAGCGAUCCAAAUUCGCGUCGGUGAUUUUAAUGCCCAUUUCAGCUGCAGGAGCUGGCUGCAGGCUUCUCCAGGGCCCGCAAAGUUGCAAACAGGCAGGCGGGGGUCUGUCGCACCUGCUGCUCAGGCCAGAGGAGGGGGCUUCCUCUGGGGACGGCGGUGAGACGGGGUGGCGGGGAAGGGCUUCUCUGCAGCAGGUGAGGGGAGGGUGCUGCGGCUUGGGGCUUCGCUUCAGCUGGGCGAAAUCCAUGAGGAAUCAGCGGCGGUCCCCCCCCCCCCCCCGCAUCAAGCGGGGCCGGUCCAUCUGCCCGGCGGGCGCCUGUGAUCUGGAGAGGUGGCGGGGCCCAAAGCAGCCUCCCCUCGAGUGGAAGCCCGCUUCUCCUGCACUGCUGCUGGGCUGGUAGACUGCGUGGCGCGCCCCGAGGUGUGGAAAGGUGCCGGUUGCGCCUGAGGGUGCGUGGCCUGGCCCGCCCUUGCAGAAAGAGGUGGAGGAUGAAGUCGGCUCGGCUUGGCAGCCCCGCGCCCUCCUGCCAGAGCCCUGCC